GAUAUCGCUGAGUCGACGCUGACGUCGGUUCUCUCCCGCCUCUAAACAGGCAUUCACUAUGAGUGAGAGCGGCAACAGAAGUCGAGCAUCGAGCAAGAGUCGUGCCACAGUAUUGGGCCAAGAGGAGGGAGGCAUCAUCGCCAGCUCAGUAGAAGGAUUGUUUGCUGUCAUGUAAGACUCGACGGGAGCCAUCCCAUCAAGCACACCCGUGUGUGAGUUGCUGUGUGUAUGAAUGAAUGCAGAUACGUGCUUGAUUCAACCCGGCGAGGCCUCGUGGAGGAGUCUGGAGGCGGUUUCCUGCCUUAUGUGAAGACGACUAUCGUGUUUGUGCUGGAGUUUGUGCAGCUGGUGCCACUUCUGCUGCCGGAGGAAGACAUUGCCCACUGCCCUGACUUUGAUUUGUUUGACUCACAUUGCUUUGCGGACCUGUGGAUGCACCCAUUAGGUGGGGCCGGUCUCAACGGGCACAUCAAACUGCAACAGAGCAAAGUGCGUGGCUGUCUGUGCAGGUUUGUUGGCUGGCAGCAGCCGUACUCAGUAUCUGACAGUGACGAUCGCCGUGGCUCUUCUGGUCGUUAUCGCGUGUGUUGGGGUGGUUUUCGUCGCUCGCUCUUUCCAGACACAGGAGGUGCACCUCACUUCUGCUAUCUUCGGCCUCCGGAUGUUUGUCAACAUCGGCAUGUAAAGCUCUCGCAGCUGAAGAGCUGACAUUGCUUUCUCACCUCGUGUCUUGUUUGUCAGUUUGACGCUCUUCACGACCACCACUCGUCUGCUAUCGAGUAUGUUCACGUGUUCGUCGCUCCAGUACUAUGUGGAAGGACACAUCAAGUGCUGGAGUGAGUGUGUCGCUGAUACGCAGAGAGAAAGGUGACUGUCCACAUAAGUCUGUUCUUAUUUCUUCCAGGCCCGGCCCACAACGGUGUCUUGUUUGUCAGUGUGUUGGCUCUCACCAUGUUCCUGCCUUUCUCUGCGCUCAUCUUCUACCUCUACAACCAUUUCUUCUUCUUUACUGGCGAUCCUGCCGCUGCUGCUCACGGCCGCGUGGAGUUGCUAUUCUUUCUCACCAAGUGCAUCGUCAUAACAACAUUCAUAUACACUAUCUCGACCUCGGGCGCGGCCGUCUACUGCUCCAGCCUCAACGCAUUGGCUCUCUUUGUCAUCUCGCUGCUGUCUUUCCUGCAGUGCCCCUUCUAUGAGGACUUCACAAACAGGGUGAGAAGACCACCUGGCUACCAUCAGAGCUCUCUGAGAUGCCUGUGUCUCCGCUAUGUCGUCUCCGCUAUCGGUUUUACCUGCAGUUACGUCUGGGGCUGUUUCUUGCUCUCUUCGUCCUGCCGCUCAACACGUUCAUCAAGAACGGCUCUGUGACGGCGGGCAUGUCGGCGGCAGGGUUCCUGAUCGGCAUGGGCUCGGCCCUCGUGAGGAAGUCAUGGCUGAGCGGCAAGGUGAUGCACGAGGUGCACCUCAGCCACACAGACUUUGGUGAGGACUACAAGUAUAUCCUUACCACCUUGAUGAACGAGAUCGCCGAGAAUCCCCAGAGAAACAGAACCUCAUUCCUCAGAGGAGGGCCGGUAUGGUAGUACAUUGAAACCAAGACGCAACAAGACCGUCAUUUCUUGGACCUGUCGGUGUGUGCAGAGUGUUCGGGAUGUGCCAGGCGCCGCAGUGGCCAUUGAGGACGGCGAGGAGGGAUAUGUCGGGAGUGAGGAGGGGCUGGGCGCAGGUCUGCCGCCGGCCACGUACGACAACGAGAUCGAUAUCGAGCAUGAGGUGAUGCUCGACAGGAUCGUGUCUAAACAUCGCAUGGCACUCAUCAAAAAGUCAGCGGCAGGACGGACAAGGAAAGAGAAUGUCUAAUGUCCUCUGAGUGGUUGUCUGCUGUCUGCAGGGCGUUAUUCUUCGAGACGGAUGUUGACCUGAUGCUUCGCUAUUUUGUGGACGAAUGGCCGUACCUCUCGCACCACGAGCGGCAGGUUUCCGUCACUGUCAUACAAUCGGUGACAUUUGCCGCCCUCCACGGCAAGUCGAAGCUCUUCAAGGCUUUUGGUUUCGCGUGGUACACGCUGUUCGCCAACAAAUGCUUCGAGGAGACUGUCAUGUGCUACAAAUACCUGAAGCUCGCCAAGCAAUUCUCAAGUGAGAACGUACACAUAAACAAAUGCUUGAAUGGCUUGUUUGGUUCGUUGUGCAGGCAUCUUCCAGCUAGACAUACUGUAUCUCAAAACACAAAACAGAGAUACACUCACAAGAGAUAAGGAAUACAGGAUGUCUCUCGAGGGCUCAUCAUUGUGCAGGUAUCUCUGUUACCAGCUCGAUAAGGACAUUGAGACGGCCCGACAGUCGUCAUACUUCGGGGCGCAGGAGGGCGGGCAGCUCAAUUUGAUGGACCUUAUGACGUACAGGAAGGUACAUAAUGGAGAGGAGGAAGCGACAACACGCGCCGUCAAUCCGUGUGCCCCUGCAGUUCUCCCAAUCGGCAAAAGACAAUCACCGCAGGGCCCUCGAGAGACUGAUGGAGUUCUGGAAACAACUGGUCAGCUGCAAACCAAGCUUUUCAUUCUGCUCCUAAUCUGUCUCUUCGGUCAUUGCCAAGCAUCGGUUAUGUGUAUGGCUGUAGACGUUGGCUUCGUAUCUGGAGUGUCUGCAGCCGGGCCAUGAUCCAACGGGCAAGAAGCUCACCGGAGUGGCCAAGGGCAAGGUCACUCAUCUCAAGAAGCUACUCAACAACGCCGUGGGGGCCGCCAGAAGGGCUGACUCGGCGUACAAGCAUCUGACAGUGAACUUCAGCAAGAGCUCUGAAUCAGGCGACAACUAUGCCUCAUUCCUUCGAAGCGUGUACCAAGACCCAGUCAGGGCCUCUUAUCUGAUGGUUGACAAGGAGGAUGGAGCGUCGUCGCAGAAGGGGAGCUCGUAAGCUAUAUAUCCUCCGCCUAGACCACCAUUCUUGUCUUGUGUCGCUUCUGUGUGUGUGCAUACCAUACUUGUGUGUGACUGUAUUCAUGUGCAGUAAGGGCGGUUCGUCUCACGGCUCGUGGGGCAACAGAGAGGCUGGUGCAGAGAAGGAGGAGAGGUGUGGCUCUCUCGAGACACGCAAGCUGCGCAUCGUCAACCUCCUCAAACUUGUCUUGGGGGCCGCAUACGUGAUUCUGGCUGUGGUGUCGCUCAUCUCCCAUUUCGUCGGCGCCCAGCAAAUGAGCUUCAUCACAGAGAAGAUGGAAGAUCUGGUGAGAGCCUCUCUCUGUCCGUUUGCCUCUGUGUCUCGUCCCUCCAUCUAAAUCCUCUGUAAGCUUUUUGUUUGGCUCACUCACAGGACCACCAGGGCGUCUUGUCACGCAAGUGGUCGUCUACGUGUGAGGAGAUGAAUCUGAUAAGCAUCUAUCAGCAGACCGACCACGUUGCGCACCCCGAGGCGCUGGACCUCAUCCACGAACAAGACAUGCUGCUGUUUGCAAACGCCAACGACAUCAUCGACUCCUUCAACCUCUUGGCGGACAACUCUUUGAAGGAGGGCAUGAAGGACCUUGUGAGCGUCAUCAACCUGCCGAGCAUCAACUUGACCACCUUUCGCUUCGACGGUGUGCGGGGCUGGGACUACGUUAACCUGCAACACCUUGUCGUCACCUUUGCCAGUGCAUCCAGACAAGUGGCCGAAGGUCGGUCGGUGGCAGGCAGCACACCAACUGAAUGAAGCAAGCUUGACUCCAAACAUGCCUGUUGUCUGCCCCCCAUAGAUGCGGAGGGCGGUGCAGCGUCGUUGACGACCCCCCACUACAAGCUGGUCUCGGAGGCGUGUAUCGGGGAAAUUCCUGAGACGGUGCUGCACAUCGUGGAGAUGCAACUCUCCCACGUGUCCGACUCAGUGGCGAGCGCCAUCACCAUCUUCUCGCUGUGGCACAGUAUCGUGGCGCUCUUCACGGUCGUGGCGUGCCUGGGCACCGCAAAGGUGGUGCGGCACCACCUGCGGGAGUACGACUCGUCUACUGAGAUCGAUGUAGUCAUACGGCUGGCCGUCGAGACGCCCAUCAACGACAGGAAAAAGCUCAGAAGGAUUUAUAGGAGGUAAUAUGAGCAUACGCAGCUGGACAGACUUCCUCCCUCACUGUCAUUCAUGUGUUGCAUGCCUUGCAGGCAUCUGGUGAGCCAGAAGAACGAGGGGGACGUCGCGCGGACUGAGGAGUUCGAGACCUUCGACCCUCGCAACAACCAGCAGGCCAUCGAGGAGGCGGAAGACACCGUUGUUGUUGAGCUAUCUAACAUUUUCGCCGAAGAGGAGAAUCGGCCAGCCGCCAGUGACGACGCCACGCCGGCUGCAGAGCCACAGGCCCCGGAGAGUCCCCAGGAAGAGAGCCCCGCCGACAGACUGCCGUUGCCUAUCUCGCCCAUUAUCCGACGGAGAGACAAAGAGAGGGGCUCGCCCUCGCCCAGGAGAGACAGGGGCUCGUCGCCGCUCAUACACAUGAAUACACGGACGUCGGAAGCCCCAAUGUCACCGCCGGGAGAGCGUCUUGACCGUCGGAAAGUGUCCUUCCACAGAGCACAGGGGAAGGGACCAGUUACUGCGGUCCACGAGUACCCUGCCGCGCCGCUCUCAGGGGUGCAAAGCGACGCCGCGAGGAAGUGAGUGCACAGAGGCAAGACGAUCAGCGAUGUGCACACUCACUUCUUCUUCCUGUUAGGGCUGGCAUAACGGCAAGUGGGAAGGAUGUCCAUCCUUCCAGGCAACAGAAGGCGAUAAGGGGAAGCGCCUCGCCCACAUCGUCGCCGACCAGUGAGGUCUCGCCAGGAGACAGAAGGCGAGGCACCCUGAAUCAGGGGAUGCUUCUGCGGCGGUCGAGUGUGGUCGUGAUGAGCUGCCGCGAGAGGCUCCACAGGGCGUGGACGGCCGUCUACAAGGCGUGUUCGGGCAAAUACUCCAGGUCAGUCAGAACGGCAGCCGCGAGGCCGGGAGGCGGUGGCUGGACUGGUUGGUAUCUGUUGAAUCCGCGUGCCAAACAGAGUGAUGCUGCUAUUCUGGACCGUGCUGCUGGCAUAUCUGAUUGCGAAACAGGUCGCCACCACCACAAUCAUGAAGGCAAGCCGACACGAGAUGCAGCGUGGUUGAAUGGCUGCCGCGGAGAGAUAUCUUGUCUGUCCAUUUAUUUGUUGGUUGGUUGUUCAGAAUUUGGCCGAGAAGAAGGAGGACCUCGCGAUACUAAAAGAGGUGUGGGAGACCAGACCCGCAGACGGGAAGCUUUAGCACACAAGCAUGGCAUGCAAUGCAUUGGAGCCCUCUCGUUCAUGUGAUGUGCCUGCCUUCAUGCCCCUGCCUGCCACUCAGGUUCAGUUCCACCUCGCCCAGAUGGCCGUCCUUGCCCCAGACGUCGUUGAACAACGCAGGUGUAUAAUCUAUAGAUACCUACCUGCAUCUCGGCAGUCCGAAUGCAUCUUCCACGUUCCCCAAUGUCUCUCGCGUCUGUGUGAUUGCGUGUGUGUGUGCGGUUUGUGUAUGCAGGAUGGAUUGGCGCCCCCUGGAUCAGACCGCCGAGUUGUUGGCGGACUUUGGCCACGAGCUGGAGAUCUUCAGAGAGGUGCUCAGCCGAGCCAACACGUGUGUGUCCUUUGUGCUUAAUUGGUGGCAGUGUAUGUGUGUGUGACGUGCAGAAGUUCUCUCUGCUGAUGUGGUCGGGCGGGGCCAAAGCGGCUGCCAGGAGCUACGAGCCACGGACAAAGCUCUUGUUCGAGCCACAGUGCCUCCUCAAGCAAGAAAGUUGCGACGUACGAAUGCGUAUCUGUUUGUCUGUCCUCGGAUGCCCGACAUCCUCCGCACAGAGACAGGCCAAUCAUGUAUGUGUCUCUCUCUUUCUGUGUCCAUGCAGAAUCGAACGCACCCCUUCCCUGGAUCGGAUCGCCUUGAGCACGGCCUAUACGAGGCCAUCGUCGUCUGGGCCCAGGUGAGGUGCAUCGCAAUCAAUACGGUGCAAGAAUCUAUCCAUCCAGUCUCUCUCUCUCUCUCUCUCUGUGUGUGUGUGUGUGUGUGUGUUGUGGAUGUCUGUAUGAGUGCAGGAGGGCGAGAUGAUGUUUGACCAGUAUCAUCUGCGGUACUUGCUGCAACAUCCCCCUGCCGACCCGGUCGGCGGGCAGUCCCGGCUACGUCAAAGCUUGAUACAGGAGAUCCUCGACAAAUACGAGGGCAUCGACCUCGACACAAUCAGACAACUGCCCAGAAAGUGCGUAUGCGCCCAAGCCAAAGCCAAAGCCAGAGCUCCUCUUUGUGCACAUAUAACUUGCUCAGUUGCGCGCACCCUUCCUCUCUCUCUGUGUGUUCUUGUUGUAUGUGUUGGCGGGCUGGUCUGUAGGAUCACGUUCGAUGAGCCAGAGCAGUUCUGGUUCACUGUCGGGGCCGUCGAAUAUGACCUCCACGACGGGCUGGAUGAGCUCAAAAAGACAUUCCUCGACGUACGCAAGCCAAAGGACCAGCCAAACAGACCGAUACAUGUCCUGCACGCCCCUGCACGUGUGGUGGGCAGGAGGCCAACGACGAGUUGCAGGGGAGCCUGAGGCUGUCGUGGUUGCUGACGGGGGUGGCGCUGUGCGUGAUAGUGAUCGCGGUGAUAUGCUUCAUGUACCUGCUCGACGGGCUGAGGAACAACGUCCUCAUGUCAACCACAAUGCUCCGCACCCUCCCAUGGCCCAUCGUACACCACAACGAGGUACGCCCUGCACUUGCCCACAAGAUAGAGACAUACACGGGCGUCUCUCGACGUCUGUGUGCCAUCGAUGGAUGGAUGGACAUGUGCAGCUGAUCCACAAGGUGUUCCACACGGAGAAUAGCGAGGAGGACAACGAGUCGCUGGAGGACGCCGAAGACGCCACCAAUGACGACACCCAACACUAUACACACACAUCCACCACACAAGCCAGGAGGCGCACCAGCGUCUCCAGCACACAAUCCCACAGCAAAGGCAAGGGCGAUCAGAGGGAAGGAGCAGGCAAAGACAAGGGCAAGAAGCGCCCAUGACCUUUGUCGUGCACCUUGUGGCCUGUCGCUCUCUCUCCCCCCUCUGCUGUCUUACUGCGUGGAGCCUUUAUCCCCAAUCAAUUCCAUGUGUGGUGUCCACUUUUUUCGUAAGGGUUUGAGGCCUCUUUUUCAUCCACACACACACACAGACAGACAGGCAGGCAGACAGACAGACAGCGUGUGUGUGAUGCGUCUUCCGCCGGUGUCUUUGAAGCGGGGAGCCGUGCGCUGCCGCUGGCCUGCCUUACGUACACAAGGCGGCACACCUGCCUGACGUGCCCAUACGCCGUGAUGGCUUGGCUGACUUUGUU